CUCUAUGCUGUUUGCCGUCAUCCUUGGGAUAAAACAUUUUCGUAUUAAAUUGUUACUUUUACGAUACAGUGAAACUCUGAAGCAUGUCUGACAACGAUGACGAUUAUAAUAUGUGCGAGGAAGAGGAGGACUAUGGCUUGGAAUACUCGGAAGACAGCAACUCUGAACCGGACGUGGACUUAGAGAACCAGUACUACAACAGCAAGGCGUUGAAGGAAGACGAGCCGCUGGCCGCGCUGCUCAGCUUCCAGAAGGUUCUGGAGCUAGAGGGUGGCGACAAGGGGGAAUGGGGUUUCAAAGCCCUGAAACAGAUGAUUAAGAUUAAUUUUAAAUUAAAUAAUUUUACAGAAAUGAUGGCAAGGUACAAGCAACUCCUCACAUACAUCAAGAGUGCAGUCACAAGGAACCACUCUGAGAAAUCUAUCAACUCAAUCCUGGACUACAUUUCCACCUCCAGAAAUAUGGAGCUAUUACAAGACUUUUAUGAGACCACACUUGAAGCGCUAAAAGACGCGAAAAACGACAGGCUGUGGUUCAAGACCAACACAAAACUGGGCAAGCUUUACUAUGAUAGAGGAGACUUCAACAAAUUAGCUAAAAUAUUAAAACAGUUGCAUCAAAGCUGUCAGACAGAUGAAGGUGAAGAUGAUCUUAAGAAAGGUACACAGCUUCUAGAAAUCUAUGCCUUGGAGAUUCAAAUGUACACAGCUCAGAAAAAUAACAAAAAGUUGAAGGCUCUCUAUGAACAAUCUCUGCACAUCAAAUCGGCGAUACCGCAUCCGCUAAUCAUGGGUGUAAUUAGAGAAUGUGGUGGCAAAAUGCACUUGCGCGAAGGCGAAUUCGAGAAAGCGCACACAGACUUCUUUGAAGCCUUCAAGAACUAUGAUGAGUCUGGCAGCCCAAGAAGAACCACCUGUUUGAAAUAUUUAGUUUUAGCUAAUAUGCUCAUGAAAUCUGGCAUCAAUCCGUUUGAUUCUCAAGAAGCUAAGCCUUACAAAAAUGAUCCUGAAAUCCUUGCCAUGACUAACCUCGUGAUGGCCUACCAGAACAACGAUAUUAACGACUUCGAGUCCAUACUCAAGCACAAUAGGAACAACAUUAUGGACGACCCAUUCAUUAGAGAACACAUAGAGGAUCUCCUGAGGAACAUCAGAACGCAAGUGCUGAUCAAACUGAUAGGCCCUUACACUAGAAUUCAUAUACCGUUCAUUUCCAAGGAGCUCAAUAUUGACGAGAAGGAAGUGGAAAAUCUGCUUGUCACCUGUAUUUUAGAUAACACAAUCAGCGGACGCAUCGACCAGGUGAACUCGGUGCUGGAACUGGGCGGGGGUGCGGGCGGCGCGGGCGGCGCUAUGCGCUACUCCGCCACCGACAAGUGGACGGCGCAACUGGCCGCGUUGCACCGCGCACUCGCCAACAAAAUGGCCUAGCCCGGUGCCGCGCCGGUGCCACGUCGGACUUGAAGUUGAAGUGGCAACAGAUCAGUGCUCAGUGCUAAUGUUUAUAUUAUUCGUACAAAAUAGAAAUGAACAGAGACAAUCACAUUCGUGUACUUCGCUUUGUAUACCCACGCUCGGCGGUCGCGCUAAGCAGGAUACUCACCUGCCAUGCAGCACGUAACGUAGCAUGUAACGUAACCAACCUUCGAGUGAGUACGGCUCGUCCACGGU